AUGAAGGUUCAUAUUUAUGUCCUAUUCUUGUCCAUUUGGACAAUUAAUUGUUUAGCUAGAAACCAAACUAAUGAAUCGUCUACUGCUACAACCAAUACCACAGUUGAAAUCACUGAAUCAACAAGAACAAAAUUGGAUGAUUUUAGAAAACGCCUCCUUGGUUUCAUAGUUGGAAUUAUGAUCAUAGCCUUCACCUUUACCUGUUUCUGUCUACUCCAUUAUAACUGUAUGGUUGAGGAGGCUCAGACGCCAGGAGGGCUCAACAAAGAAAAUAUGGCAGCUAUAUCAUCCUGGGUAUCCAAAGUAUCAGCGUGUCAACCUGAUAUGAUAACUGAGGAUAUUCUAGAAACUCAACCUCUGCUAUUAAAUUCAGACCAAAUAUCCGGGCCCUCAUGUCCAGAUAAACAGCCCAUAACAAACAGUGUAGCAAAAUCAAUUCAGCCUUCAAGUCUAGAAAAGCCAUGCACUCCAUCUAAUACACAAAAAUCAAUGAAAUACAUAAAUACAGAAAAGUCAUCUACAUCAUGCAGUAUAAAACAUUCAAAUAGGCAAUUAGAAUCAAAUAGGCCAACUAAGUCAUCAACCCCCCCAAAAUUAUAUAAGUCAUCUCACCUGGAAAAGACAUAUAAGAAACGUGGCCUUAAAAAGUCAAAUAAGCUCACCCAUGCCUGUAAAUUAGGUAAUGCCAAUUCAUCCUGUUCAGAUAAGCAAGUCACACCUUGGCUAGCUGUUCUGCAAACUUCAGCUAAUCAAGCCACACAAUCUUCUUCUUCAAUCUCACAUAAGCAAAUCGCAUCCACCAAACCAUGCAGAAUAAAGAAACCCAACCUGUCACAUGGACAUUAUGAGGUUAAAAAGUCAGUGAAUAGAGGAAAGGCUUCGUUACCCAAGCCUACAUCAGCCAAAACUUGCCGACAUUAUAAGGAUAAAUGCCUUGUUUGCAAUGCUUCUGGAUUUCUUCUCAAUGAUCUUUCAGGGGCAGAGAAGAAACAUGCUGGAAAUCUUCAUGGUUCAAUGAAAAUGAAGACACGUCUCGAGCCUUUCAAUGAUACGGGCUACAAGUCUUAUCAGAAAAGUAUGAGCAAUGAUACUAUGAAAAUAUAUGAUAGUGAAGACAGUAAUGCAGAGAUAAUCAUUAUUUGUGACACAAGUCAUGAUGAUAUCACAAAUAAGGAAUCCUUCAAAUAUUAA